AUGAAUGCCCCUCCAGCGCUCGGGUACCCGCCCGGCGCGUCGCUGGCGACGACAGGCCCUCAAGUCUCGCCUACAGCACCCAGCUUUGGUUCAAACAACCCCUUUCGAAACCGUGCUUUGUCUCCGUCCAACACAUCGACGACCAGCGCUCGCCCGGAACGUCCCCGGUCGACGAAUCCUUUCUUGGACGAGACAGACGCUCUGUCGCCGCAAUCCGCCCCGGGCUUGUCCACAGGUGCCACCUUGUUCUCCCCAGCCGAGAAGCCGGAUAUGACCAGCAACACUCGAGAGCUCUUCGAGAACCUCUCAAUUAAGCCCGCCCCCGCUCCCGCUCCCGCUCCAACUAUGACUUCCGCGUCAAAAGGCGCUCGACCUGGCCCGGAUGCCUCGAAGAUGCGCUCUGAGCGGCCCGACCGCUCCGAUCGCACUCGUACUUCGAGAGAGCGUCCGUCGGGACGCCCUGCGGAAUCGAAAUCGAAGGACCCUUUCGACAUCUUCGCCGAUCCUCCCAGUUUGUCCAAGGCGUCUUCUACGGCCCCCCGCGAGAAGAGUUCUCGCCGACCCCGGCGAAAUUCAGAGUCUUCAGUCAUGGAGCGGGCCUCGAAGCUUUUUGAUGAUGACGAUGACAAGCGCCGACGCGAGCGGCGCCAUCGCGACCGCGAGGGCCGUCACCGUGACGGCAAGUCUCGUUCCUCUCGUAAGGACCGCCGACUCGACGUCAUUGACAAGUUGGACGUGACAAGUAUCUACGGAACUGGGAUGUUCCACCACGAUGGACCAUUCGACGCCUGCAACCCUCACCGCAACCGCAAAGGCUCACGCGUCGCACCCAUGCAGGCAUUCCCUAAGAAUUCCUCCAACAUGGCAUUGGGCGGCGCAGGCCCGAACAACUCUAAUAUUGACUUGAAUUUGUUCCACGGUAGAAUGGAGGAGGGUUACAAUGACUUCGCGAGUUCUGGAGUGCAGCGCAGUGCGACGGUCAACUUCGAUCCCGGCCGGCGUGUGGAGCCGAUUCACGGAGCCGAGAGCUACGGUCUGGGAACCAGCACUUUCUUGGAUGGUGCACCCGCCAGUCGCGCAGCUAUGGCGCGUCGGCAAAGUGAGAACGAGCAGCAGAUUUCGCAGGGUGGAGGUCUCCAGCGCAAGAAGAGUCUGGCGCAGCGGCUGCGCGGUAAGAGUGGUUCUGGUCGAGAGGGCGGCCUUUCUUCCCCGGCUCAGGCCCCGGCACUGGGCUCUAGUCACUCUGCCUCCUCGCGUGGCAACGAGAGAAACCCCUUCUUCCAGGACUAUGACGAGGAGUGGGACAGAAAGGGAUCCCGUAUCCAGGAGUCGCGCCUGGAAGCUGAAGGUGGCCGUCUGCGCUCUUCCAGCAGCCCCAAGCAGCCCACUAGUCUGGAGCGCAAAUCGACCAACGAUCGUGGCUCCGACGAUCCCAAGCUCAGUUCCCCCGGUGGUGGCUUCCUGAACCGGAUGAAAAGUCUGCGCAAGCCACGUCCAGAGCGCCCAGCGCGUCGGACUAGCGAUUAA